ACAUGAGCGAUUGUCAGACCUGUUUAUUCUUUUCUAUGAUUACAGUUGAUGUUCCUGAGUGCGAGGUGUUUGUUGUAAUUUCGUGAUUAUAAAUUUUGGAAAAACCUUCUUUUAGUAUUUUGACGUGAAAACAAUAAAAAAAGAUCAUAAUGGUACGAAAAUUAAAAUAUCAUGAACAAAAGUUACUAAAGAAGGUAGAUUUUAUAUCAUGGCAGGCAGAUCAUAACCUGCACGAAGUUCAGGUUAUGAAGAGAUAUUGCAUCCAAAAACGAUCUGAUUAUACAGUGUACAACAAAUUAUCACGCGAGAUACGUGAAUUAGGUAAAAAAAUCAAGGAAGUUGAACCUAAUCAUCCCUUUCGGAUAGAGCAAAGUGCUACGUUGCUAGAAAAACUGUACAUGAUGGGUUUGAUCUCUACAAAGGGCGAUCUCUCUCUAACACAAAAAGUAACAGCCAGUUGCUUCUGCAGACGGAGGCUCCCAGUUAUUAUGGUACGAAGCAAAAUGAUUCAAACAAUACCAAUGGCAGUGAAGUUCAUAGAACAAGGUCACGUCAGAGUCGGAGUGGAAGUUGUGAAGGAUCCUGCAUUUUUCGUGACAAGAAACUUGGAAGAUUUUAUAACGUGGGUAGAUACUUCCGCUAUUAAGAAACAUGUACUAGAGUACAAUAAUGAGAGGGACGAUUUCGAUAUGGUGUAAUUUUUUAUAUUGAAUAAAUGUUUUUAAACUAUAAUUAUAAUUAGAAAUAAUAAAAAAGUUUUUAAUUAUUAUAAACAUUUUGUUACUCUUUUUGCUCGUGCGAUAGAUUAAUAUUAAAUGUACAUAUAGUUUGAGAAAUAUAUUUUUAAGACCAA